CCCUCUCUCCGCGCCAGUGUCCUUCCUGCUAAUUCUCCUCACCAGACGACGCUCUCCGACUCCCUCAUUUCAGUGCAACAUAGUGAAGUGGUCGCUUGUGUUUGGUCCAGGACGAGGAAACGCUCAAUAAAAACAUUCUUGUGUCUGGCCAUCUGUUGGCGGACGGCCCUUACAUGCAUUGUGUGGCGUUGAAGGUCAGAUGAAUUACCAAGUGAAGAAAGAACCUAAAGUGAACGUUAUAAGACAUUUUGUUUCUUUUUAGGUGCUGGAAAACACGAAUAAAAAAUGAAGACCGCAAGGUAUGAGAAAGAUGAAUAAUGCAACACGUCAAGUCGUCAUCUGAGUGAUCAGUUUCCUGGUACUGUGCUUCUAGUUUUCUCCUGCGGGUUUGUUAAGGAGGAAGCGAGGACAUCAUGAAGACACACCUGUGCCUCCUGACUCUCGUGGCCCUCGUGCUGAGCGAAGGGCGGCGAGUCGAGGCCUCUGAGUGUGAGGAUGACUGGCGUGUGUUGGACGGUCACUGCUAUCGUGUAUGGGACGUACGCGCCUCUCACUCCCUGGCCACAGCUACCUGUCGGGCCCACGCGGCACACCUGGCCUCCGUGCACACGAAAAGAGAGAACGACUUCCUCCUGUCGUUAUUGGAAGGCGCUGACGGGAUGUGGCUGGGCCUGACGGCGGAGGAGGUCAACGAAGAGGCUGGCGGAUGGUCGUGGCUCGCGACUCUGCUUGGAAAGAGGUCAUGGCAAUGGACGGAUGGUUCCCCACUCACUUAUACCAGCUGGGCGACACCUAACAACCCUCCCGAAUCCUCUUUGCUGCGUCAGCCUGGACAAUCGUACCGCCCUCUGGCUGCGCACUAGUUGUCAUCAUCUACUGGAGUUUGUCUGCAAGAAGUCCUGCUUCCAGUGUCAGCCAGAGCCUCCUGUCAAUCUUCUCGCUGGCGACGCAGAUGACUUAGGUUCUGGAGACGCAAUGAAAGUUCAGCUUCAGCAUCGCUCCUUCCGACAACCCGAGGGUCUGUCCUUAGCAGCUCCGGAAGGUGAGGUAACACAGGACACACGAGCUACACCUCGCCCCGCCACCAACCCUGCGUGUGAUGAGGCGUGCGGAAAGAGCUUCUACCGGCUAUCCACGACUCCAAAGGCAUGGCGGGAGGCGCAGGAGGACUGCCUGGCUGGGGACGGGCGUGUUGCGGUAGUGGUGAACAGCGUGCCCCCUAAGCUGGCGUCAAGAUUGGCUGCACUGGGGUCUCCCCUGUGGGUGGGGAGCCGUGCCUCAGACGCUGUACUGAUGCGCCCUAGACCAGCCAUUACCCUUUCUGGAGUCCUCCCGACACGAGCAAGACGGAGGCAUCGCGGUCCCUGCCGCGUGGCUGUGCCAGGGUCUGGCCGCCCCUCUACUGUUGGUUGCCGCCGCCGCUACCACUACCUGUGUGAAUACUUGCAUCGUCAGGAUGACCGGCCCUCGCCUCCAGCCUCUAUCCUCGCCGGGCCCACCAAACCCCGGUCCCCCUGUACCGCGGGCUGGUACCCUUCUGGCGGAAGCUGCUACCGGACCUUCUCGACGUGGAAGACGUGGGCGGCGGCGGAGGAAACCUGCGUGAGUCACGGAGGGCACCUAGCGAGUGUUGGCAGCCCCUCAGAACACCAAGCCCUCCUCAGCCUGUCCUUGGGCAGCGAGGUGACCAGUCCUGUGUGGAUCGGUUUGCGCCGCGCAGAAGGAGGCGCUGACGCAUUCGAGUGGGUGGAUGGCACGCCCUUCCACCCUAACCUGGGCUGGGAGCGAAGCCAGCCUGACCACCACCUGGGGCGGGAGUGGUGCGGGGCCGCCAGCCUGCCUGGGUUUGCCCUGCAAGACGCCGUGUGCCUCACCGUCAUGCCCUUCGUAUGUGAGGCAGCCUAUGGCAUGUCACGAAAUCCACUGCCUCCCCCACCCGCCUUACCUGACCAGACGUGUGAAGGUGACCCCGCUUGGUUGCGACUCGGGGACCACUGUUACAGGCUGGUGGGCGUCGAGGACCAACAGCCAUGGGGGGAGUCCAACAAAAGGUGUCUUGAGGAGGGUGCUAUCCUAGCCUCUGUACAUUCGCUGGAGGAGAACUACUGGCUGCAGGCGAAGUUGCUCAGGCUGAGUGUGGAGGCGGUGUGGGUCGGCGGGCGCAUACGGAAGGAGGAGUAUCGCUGGCUUGACCACACGCCAUUCAACUUUACGAACUGGGCACCUGGUGAACCAAACAAUGUCCAUGACCAGGAGGAUUGUCUCGCCCUCUACACGCGCCGCCAAGGUUACUGGAACGACCAGAACUGUGGCUUCCCUGCAGGACGGGUGUGUAAGAGGCCCCUGGGGAGUAGCCAACGCCCCAAGCUCUCCAUUCCCGCCCCGACACCCGCUGCUUCCUCAAGCCACUGUCCCCGAGGAUGGACCACCGCCCAGGGGCACAGGUGUUACAAGUACUUCGCUGAGCUGAGGGACUUCGAUGGUGCCCGCGCCGCCUGCAGGAGAGAGACUCCCGACGCAGAACUGGCCAGCGUGCACACAGCGGAGCAGCAGGCUUACCUCACCAUGUUAGCGGGCGUGGAAAUGACAGGGGCGUGGCUUGGGAUGAAGAGGCAACAGGAGCACGUCCUAUGGGUGGACCAGACACCCGUCACCUUCACCUCCUGGGCGGCGGGCGAACCCAGCGGCACCCGGGCAACGAUAAAGGUCGAGGCUGGGCGGCGGCUGCGGCAGGUUGAGGAGUGCGUGGAGCUGCUCACUCACAGUAGAGCGGGAAUGUGGAACGACGUAGCCUGCAGCGAGAAACGGGCUUUCUUGUGCCAGACUCCUGUAGAGCCAGCGGGACUAGAGUACAUAUCACCCUCUCCCUCCACUUCUCCCUCGCCCUCAUCCUCUCCCUCCCCUUCUUGGCCCUCUCCCUCUCCCUCCCAGAGUUGCCCUCUGCCCCACAGUCACUACUUGAGGCGGGGUGAACACUGCUACCGCCACGUCCUCACCCCACUCCCCUGGCAGGAGGCAGAGGACACCUGUAGCAGGGAGGGGGCGCACCUGGCCACGGCCCUUACCAAGACGCAGGCUGCGGCAGUGUGGGUGGCGGUGAUGGAGGCUGAGCUGCAGGAGGCGUGGCUGGGACUGCGUUAUGAGGAAGAGCACGAAGCCUUCAGGUGGUCGAGUGGGUGGCCGCUGCUGCACUCUCACUGGUCCUCCGAUACCAGCAGAGAGAGUAGCGGGGGAUGCGCAGCUCUCAGCGCCUCCUCAGGGCAGUGGGUGGUGCGUCCUUGCCUCGUCACGCUACCCUUCAUCUGCCAUCUAGACGCAACAGCAGCAACAGCAGAGGGGACAGCAGUGAGGACGUCCAGUGAUUCUUGUCCUGAUAAGCGCUGGUUAGACUUCGGAGGUCCCAACUGCUAUCUGGUGGUGAGGGACCCUAAGCCCUGGCACGACGCUCGCUACACGUGUCUAUUGGAGGGCGGUGACCUGACCUCCAUUAUCUCUGGGGCGGAGAUGACACUGCUCACCAUGGCGCUUCACGACGUGACCCAAGCCGUGUGGAUUGGACUGCUGCGGGAGGAACACGGACAACGGUGGAUAGACGGUCUGCGGCUCAACUUCACCAACUGGAACGAAGGGGAACCGAACGGCGGAGCGGGCCUGUGUACUGAAGUGUACUCCAACACCGGCCGCUGGAACGACGUGGAGUGUUCCCAGGUAUUCCCGCUGACAGGAUCGCCAGGCUAGAGCAGGCCAAGCCACAACUGGAGGUAAGCCAGAAUGGCAAUGAUCUGAUAGUGAAGACCAUUGCAGGCGACAAGGACUUCAC